UUUGUACUUGGCAACCUGUUAUCGUAAUGGUGGAUGAGGACAGGAUUUUCCGUUUGUUUCAAAUUCGUAGGAGUAAUAUACAUACUGUACGCGAGGACAUAAAACAGACGGACUACAGCCGAGGUUUUAGUUUUUCCAAAGAAUUUCGGAGAAUAACAUUAGGGCAGAGUCAUUUGACACAAAAAUGGAGAAGACGAAACAAAAUGUUUGAUAGUUUCUUCAGCCAGCAACAUGUUACAAAAGCCAAGGGACGUGGAGUGUACUUCUCGUCUAGUGUCGGGCGUAGCUCCUCAUGUGAAAGCUUAGUUACGAAAGAAAGAUGUGAGGAUGCAUCAAAUGAUUUAAAGCAGCUUAGAGCAUUUAUUGUAACAGAGAUUAAAACAUACGAGAAUAUUAUAGAAGGCAUUAAAUUUGAAAUUCAAGAAAAAGAAGAAUGGUUGGCCGAUAUUAAAAAUCUUAUCAAGUCAUUUUAUAAAACAGUUGUAGUCGGUGGAUUUAGUGAACGUUUGAAAACAAUAACAACUAGUUGUUUCAUUCAUCAUAUGGAAUUACGAUCAAAACAGCUAAAUACAUCACUCUUAAGAGCUCUUUCAAGGAAUGCAGAGUUGCGAUUCUUUCUCAAACAAAAGCUUCAUAAACACCAUGUCACAAGAAACUGGAAUGAACCAUUUAGUUUGGUGGCAUACAGUCAUAUUGCGUGUGAGCAUAGAGAUUCUGAAGAGAUAUAUAGUAAAGUCCUUAUAGAAGCAAAGCAAAAGCGAUACUAUCUUUCAAAGUUGAUGGUUACUGUAAACCAAAUAAAGGCUCACCUGAACGAAGAGCUUAAGCUAAGGAGUGAACUUCACAGGAAGAUCAAAGAAAACUUUUUCACCUCACGAGAUAUUCGAAGUACAAUGAAAGUGGUGAACCAGGAUAACUGUAGACUCGAUGAUGAAAACCAACGAAUGCAGAUAUUUAUCAAGCAAAACAAUAUUCCAUCAGUCAGUGAGCACAUCAAAUCUUACAUCAAUGCUCCUAGAUCGCGACUUCUAAGAAGACAGUCUGUCACUGCAAGUGACUAUCGACUAUCAGAAUCAUCUGUAUUUGAGAGAUAUCGUGGAUCAGAAACAUUUUAACAAAUCCUAUAGAGCUCAAACAGCAUCGGAAAAACAUUUCAAUCAGUAGACCAAAGCAAUCAAGUUCAUCCGAUGUACUGAGAAGUUCGCAGUGACAUAUCAAAUUUCCGAUAACACGAAAACCACGUACACAAGUCUACAUUUGCACCAGGAUAAAUAAUAUCCCCAAAAAGGAAUCCAACAAGCGGUAAACAGUGUUAAUUAAAUGAAUGAGUUCUUCUAUCUACUCUCGACACGAUCUAAGAUAACACGUCCGAUUAGUGUGAAGUACCAGAAAAUCAACAGCAGUGUCCAGUAGAGCGAAAAUAUAAAGUCUUUAAUUUUUCAGUAGAUGAAUUUCAAAUUAAAGUAAAAGAAGUACUAACAUUGUAAUACGUAUUUGUAUACUAAAACUUUAAAUUUAGAUUACCUGUGGCAAAACAUUUUGCGAAAUCUAAAUUGAAUUAGAACAGAUGCAUAUCCC